CUGCAAGUCACAGCCCGCCAAAGUCCGGGGCCUGAAACUCAAAGUUCUUUGUCUCUUCACCUUGAAACGUGACUGUAAUAGAAGAAAUGGUCAUCACCGCAGAGAGCAUCGUCCUUUCGUCGCCGUCAUUAAAAAAAUAAAUUAAUUUGCGCGCUGCAUUUUACGUCAGGGGUUGCUCGACUUAAUUAAAUGGGUUUAAUUGAUCGCGAGGUUUUUCCUAGCCACGUCGGCUGUCGAUGGAUUACCGUAAAGAUUGAAUUAUUCAAAAGACGUGAGCCCUUUUAAAUGUCAUUACGUAACGCACGGAAAUCGAAUGGGUCGAUGGUGUGACAGCUCCGCAUGGCCUGCCGUCGCAGCCAGCAGCAGCAGCACCGCAGCCACCAGCAGCAGCAGCAACAGCACCAUGGUGAAGACGUUCCAGGCCUACCUGCCACAAUGCCACCGCACCUACUCGUGCAUCCACUGCCGGGCCCAUCUCGCCAAUCACGACGAGCUCAUCUCAAAGUCAUUCCAAGGCAGCCAAGGCCGGGCGUAUUUGUUCAAUUCAGUAGUGAAUGUGGGUUGUGGCCCCGCCGAGGAAAGAGUUCUGUUAACGGGUCUUCACGCCGUCGCCGACAUAUACUGUGAAUGUUGCAAGACGACUUUGGGCUGGAAAUAUGAGCACGCCUUCGAGUCCAGCCAGAAGUACAAAGAGGGCAAAUUCAUCAUCGAACUAGCACAUAUGAUCAAAGAAAACGGAUGGGACUGACCUUUUUGAAUCUCGUUUCGAGACGACGAAAAUGCAAAAAAAUAAAGGACUGUCACGAAACAAUUUCUGUUUUCUCGACUGGACUUAAACUCGGGACGAUUUUUCUAUUUUGCCAUCGUGUCUUUUGAUUUCGAGCCUUUACAAGCCAAAAUGAUUUUGAGUUUUUGGUAGUUGGUGACGUCGGACCAGGGAGUUAAAUGUCAAUUUUCGGGUGAAUGCGGGCGGGCACUGCGACUGUUAAACCUUCAAAUCUUCACGACAAUUCAGCUCUUUUGAAAGCAUUCUGUGGUAGAUGAACUGUGUCUGUGGUAAUGAAUCUGUGGUAACGAAUGAUUACGUGCUGUGCACUGAUGCCGCUAUUUGGGACUUUCGACGGUUUGCGAAAGACGGGCUCAGUGCAUAUUUAGGAGUAAUUUAUUUAUAUAUUUCGUGUAUCACAUGGUUUUCUAACCGUAACUAGAGUUAAGGUGUUCGUUUUGUUUACCUGUAUUCAGCAUGAGCAGGCAACAAAGUUGUAGGCGGCUAAAUUCACACUUGAAAAUGUUCCUAUUUUUCAAGACGAUGCUCACAUGUGUUGAUCUCAAUUCACGACACCUACAAUUCUGGCUAAACUGCUCAUCGUAAAUCUAUAACCACAAUAAAUAAAUUAGUUGUACGCAAUAUGUAACACAUAUUUUUGUAUUCAUAAUCGUAAUAGUUAUCCCUGUAUGCAAAAAAAACGGACAACUUACACAACUUCCAAAGACUGAUCCCGCGCGACCAGUCUCCGGAAGUUGGAUUUUGUGAUAGUUUCUUUGUGAUAUAUUCUCCGUGCUGAAGAAUUGCCCUAGACUCCUCCAUUUUCGUUUGUUUUUACGCAAUUCUUCAUCAUUUUCUUAAGUUAGUGUGACUCUAGUUACUUUUUAAUCGAAAACCUAAUAGUUGUAAGAUCACGCGGCAAUCUCACGUUUCAUUCAUACUGCCAGUAGCGUAGCGGUGUCAUUUAUGUCAUAUAUUUAUGGUAACAUAAUCUUUUGUAUUGUUUUUAGAUUAGUUAUACAUUUUUUUAAGUUCAUAAGCCUCCAUUUUGUAUGGACUUGAUUUAUUAUACAAUUGGGUUAUGAAACUUGGUUUUGUGACUCAUGCGAAAUUUACAUAAAUAAACGUAAAUAACCAUU